AAAAAUCGAAAUAUCUUCUUUCUUCAUCAUUCCUUUUCCUCUCUAUCCAAAAACUUUCAUUUGUUUUUGAAUUUUAGAGAAAGAGAGAGAGAGAAGGAGACGUCAUCUCAUAGCACACGUUAGCUAGAAGCAUGUCUUGUUGUUUUGUUUUCAGAAGAAGAAAAAAAAGCUAACCGUUUAUCUCUGAUUCUAACCACUCGUCUUAUCAGAUCUCAUCGUUUGCUCUCGAUUUCUCAUCUCCUUAGGUUGCUCCGCUAAUUGAUUUGUACAUAGGAAGCUUAGUUAUCUACAAUUGAGAUGAUGAUGCGUUCUGUCUCACUACCACUCUCUCAUCACAAGAUCCAUGAGGCUUCUGGAUACCAUAAUAAUUCUGCUUGCAAAAAUCGUGUGUACCUGACGCGGACAGGUCUUUCAUCAUGUUCCACGAGACAAGACGUUUGGAGUCUUCAGCUUCUCGAGAGCUUGAGUGGUUCAAAAUCCCCUGUAUCAUCUAGGUGUAAUGCAUUGGUUUGCCGAGCAGCUCUCUUUCCAUGGGUUGGAAGUGAAGGCCCCAUUGUUAAAUCAACUUCAGUAAUACUCGCACGGGCAUAUGAUGCUUUACGUGGAAAUCCUCAUUUAAUGAAACUAAUUCCAGCAGUUGGGAUUCUUGCAUUUGCUACAUGGGGGCUUAGACCUCUUCUGCACCUUACCAGAACUACUUUCUUUGAGAAGGGAAAUGAUGCAAACUCGCAAAAGAGCAGCACGCAACACUUAGUUGUGUCAUAUCUUCAGCCUUUACUGCUUUGGAGUGGAGCACUCCUGUUAUGCAGAACAUUGGACCCGAUAGUAUUGUCUUCAAGUGCGAGCCAGGCUAUUAAAACGCGCCUUCUUAGCUUUGCUCGCUCCAUGUCAACGGUGUUGGCGUUUGCCUGCUGCUUGUCAAGUCUACUUCAGCAGGCGCAGAAAUUUUUUAUGGAGACAAAUAAUCCUGCCGACACCAGAAAUAUGGGUUUCAGUUUUGCUGGAAAAGCUGUUUACACUGCUGCGUGGGUCGCUGCUGCUUCAUUGUUUAUGGAGCUUUUGGGUUUCUCUACCCAGAAGUGGCUAACUGCUGGAGGUCUGGGGACAGUACUGCUGACUCUCGCUGGUCGUGAGAUACUUACUAACUUUCUUUCAAGCAUUAUGAUUCAUGCUACACGGCCCUUUGUUUUGAAUGAGUGGAUACAGACCAAGAUAGGAGGCUAUGAAGUAUCUGGCACUGUAGAGCACGUUGGGUGGUGGUCACCGACAAUUAUCAGAGGUGAUGACCGUGAAGCAGUUCAUAUUCCUAACCACCAAUUCAGUGUAAAUAUUGUGAGGAAUCUAACUCAAAAGACACAUUGGCGGAUCAAAACACAUCUUGCCAUCAGUCAUCUUGAUGUCAGCAAAAUUAAUAAUAUUGUUGCUGAUAUGCGCAAGGUGUUGUCUAAAAACCCUCAAAUCGAGCAGCAAAAAAUACACAGGAGAGUCUUUUUGGAGGAAAUAGAUCCAGAGAACCAAGCCCUUAGGAUCCUAAUAUCUUGUUUUGUAAAGACUUCACGUUUUGAAGAAUACCUCUGUGUUAAGGAAGCAGUGAUCCUGGAUCUUCUUAGAGUUAUUAGGCAUCACGGAGCACGUCUAGCAACUCCGCUUCGCACAGUUCAGAGGAUGCGUAAUGAGGCUGAGGUGGACAGUGCAGCAUUUUCAGAUAUCGUUUUUAAUCAAGCAGCUAUGAACCGUCGAUACAUGCUGAUUGAGCCAUCCUACAAAAUCAACAGCGAUGAUAACGCAAAGUCCUCCUUGCCUAACUCAGUGCAAAAAAGUGAAGAAAAGGAUCCUGAAGGAGAACCAUCGGAAUCCAAUACUGAAGCAAAAGACUACGGAUCAGUGCUGGUUUCAGAAGCCAAAAAGGAGAAACCGAAAGCAGGUCUUGAUUCCAACUCCAGUACAGGCACUAAAGGUACCAGAGCUUCAUCUUCGGAACAGCCAGCAGAACAGAAGUCAGAAGAAAAGAAGAAAGAGAGUGCCUCCGGAGAGUUGAAUAAAGCAGAGAAGGAAGACGUUUCUGAUGGGGAAGCUGCAACAGAGCAGACACUGAAACCAAAAUCAAGACAAGGAACCGAAAAGAGCAACGGAGAUCAGAAAGCUCGAGAUGGUGGUGGAGGAUCUGGUGCCAGUUCUUCUUUAGAGGAGAAUAUUGUUCUCGGUGUUGCUUUGGAUGGCUCAAAACGUACACUCCCGAUUGACGAAGAACUCGAGGCAUCUGGCGUGUUAACGGAGUCUGAAGAACUUGGUGUUGGAUCGGAGUGAGACAAGGAGAUGUAUAAACUUUGUGUUCCAAGCAGUUUAGUACAUUUGUAGAAAGUAAGAAAGAAACUGAAAUGGAGAAAUGAGCGCGACUCUGUUAAUUUUUUUAUAAGCCUAGAGGUUUGCGCCAUUUUUUCAGUGUAAAUAAUCACAAGUGACCCUAAAACUUUAAGGUUGUUUGUUUCGAGUUGUUA